AUGUCGACCACUAUUUUUCCACCAGAAAGUAUAUACAACCUUAUUCCAAGAGAGGAGCUUAAAACUGAGAAACCAGCAAGGUAUAUGUCAAAGUUUAGGUCACAAGUUAAGCAUGAGAAACGACUCAAUAAGGCUGUCAACAAGACUAUGGGACCAGCAAAAGUAGACGUGCCUUCUCCUGAGAAAUAUCUGCUAAAACAUUCCAAGGAACCCAAACUUCCUGAAAAGAAACCGUUUUCAUAUUUCGAUGAUGAGACUCUUAAGAAACCAAACAUACCUGCCAAAGCGAAAUUUCCACUUAUGGGCAUUCACACCAAAAAGGACUUUGUAAAGACAAAUGCUUUCGAGAACAUAAUGGCCGUGCCCAAGAAGCCACAGCCUAUCUAUGCUGACACUAAAAGUGGAGACAAACAGCUCCUGGAAAAUUCUGGACUAGUCCCAAAUUACAUCAAGAAAAAGGACUUUGGGAAGACCCCUGAGUACCUGCAGCAACGUGCUGAGGAGGUGAGAAGGGCUCAGGAGGAAUAUGAUAAAUAUAUCAAGGAGCACAUGAAACAGGGCGCCAUGAAGCAGCUCUCAGAGGAUGAGCGAAACAACAUCCUACAGGGUUUGAAGAAGAACUGGGGUGAGCUGCACCACCGGUAUCAGGGACUUUCUGUUGUCACUGACACCACCCCCAAGAAGUACCGCAAGGAGCAUCUGGAGCUGGAGAUGAAGCAGCUGGAGCGGGACAUUAAUCUCAUUGAGAGAUACAAGACCAUCUAUGUUUCCAACAACUAACCCACACAUGCCACCUCUUUAAUCUCAGGGACAAAUCGGGACAGCAUUAUGAACACAUAUUUAGCAAAAGAUUUAAAAAAAAACUACCCUUAAUGCUGGAUUAUAUUUUCUGGAAAAUUGUAAUUUCCCUCCCACAGGACGUUUAUGAUGUCACAUUGUUUUGGAAAACUAAAUAAACUCUGCAAUAUA